GGCUUUGAUGAGCAAAACACGGAUAUUGACUUUCUGUACAAUGAUGCUGACGAGUAUGGUGUUGAAAUAGCCGAACUCUACAGUUAUUCCGAAGAGAAGGAGUUCUUCCAAAAUGCUCAAGAUUUUGUAACCAUAUUUCCUUCAUCCGGUAAGUGGAUUGAUAUGGAUGAUGCUGCGCGUCGUGGUCAUGUGAAUAAACUGCUUGAUCUGCUUGAGUCGUCAAGCAAAGAACACCGUCAAAGAGCUGCUCGUUCGAUGCUCUACUUGCUACAGGGUGUGUUCAAAGAAUGCGACCUCGAGGAAGACCAGAUUACGUGGGCACGACGCAAUGUAUACCUUUGCAUCGAGUGUGGUGUUCUCUCGGCUGCUCUAUCUCUACUUUUGUUGGAGAUACGUUAUGAGGACUGGUCAAGGAACCUGAGCACGACGUCUUCGGAUUUAACUUCAUGUGGCGAUGCCACUUGUAAACAACCCGCCACACUAACCAACAACGCAAAUAUCCGUGUUGUUUUGUCGAUUAUUUAUAUUCUUGUUGAAACUGUUCGAGAUGGCUGUCAAUCUGCCGGUUCGAAUGCGUCGUCUUCAACAACGGCCAUAAUUACAAGGCCAUCUUCAUCCACUGUUUUGGACCACACAGCGAAAUUACGCGAGCAGUUUAUUGCUGAAUUGGGUGCACCCAUCAACGACGGAAGCCCCCUAACUAUCGUCCUGUUUGGCAUGGUUCAUCGAUUUUGCAGUGGGCUUGCGCCUCAUUUUCCCAUGAAGAAAACGCUCCUUCUACUCUGGAAAACCAUUCUGCUGACGCUAGGUCCGCUAUCGAACCUGUUUGAGAGGAAAAACUGCCAACGUCGGGCCGUCAACCUACCCGAGCUGCACGAGGACACUCACUUGGUCGUUCGUAGAAUACGUGCCAACAGUCCCCCUGCGAAUCCGGCUGACAGUUUUCUUAAUCGGGCCGUCCGCACCAAUAACCGGCAUUCGAUUCUCGGACAGGGGAGACAGGGUCCAAGACAGGGAAGUCUGGCCGGUGGUCGUCUAGCUGUGCAGCAACAACUAGCCCAGCAACAGCUUCAACAGCAACUUCAACAACGCCAGAUGCAACGUCGUUGGAAUCCGACAUUCAACUUUGCAACCUCGGACAACGUCGGGAGUGGAGAAUCGAUGCGGGAGGCCGAUCUUCCAGGUAUUGCCACCCCGCGUCCGGGAUCUCCGGUUAAAAACGAGGACGCAGUUGAUACACCGAUGCCAUCGACAGUACCAGCGCCAGGAUCUCAGAUUCCCCACUCAAUCCUCUCCCAACAGCUCAUCACUGGCAUCCUCAACUCGUUUUCCGACGUAAAAGUCUUACCUUGGCGACCGAAGGUUCGGACAAGCGAUAUUGAGAAUUUCGUGAAUAGCGCGCGCCAUAAGUUUGUGCAUUUCCGCGUAGCCCAGGACACAACAUCGUUGUAUGGGCUACCCGAGCCUAUCCACGAAGCUGUCAAAGUUUUAAAGAAGUAUCACUACAUCUCUCUUGGUGAGGUGCAAAUUAAACAAGAGGCCAAUUUCGCCAAAUAUCCCCUUCUCCUUGGUAAAGAAAAUUUUCCCGACACCCCCGCGGAGAGGCUGUACGUGGCGAUGCUUCCUCUACUACCGCAGUACAUGAUUGCCGUUCUCAAAGUCCUAUUGGCGUCUGCUCCGACAUCGCGCACAAAGACGGAGCCAAUCAACAUCCUAGCGGAGAUAACCCCUGCCGAAGCGCCAACGAACCAGUUGCAGACCCUCGUUCUCAACUACGACAUCAAUCGCCAUCGAGAGAUCCUCGUCAAGGCCAUCUCGGGUCUUCUGUUGCUUCUGUUGAAGCACUUCAAGCUGAACCACAUCUACCAAUUUGAGUAUAUUUCACAGCACCUGGUUUUCGCCAAUUGUAUCCCCUUGGUGCUGAAAUUCUUCAACCAAAACACCCUCCUCUAUGUGCAGGCCAAGAAUAGCAUAAUGUGCCUCGACUUCCCCGCGAGGGUCAUCGGCGACGUACCAGAGUUGACGCCUGAAAUGCUGGUAAGCGACUUUGCUAACGGCGACUGGUCUCCGUGUUGCUGGCGCAAUAUGUUCUCGUGCAUCAAUCUCCUUCGAAUUUUGAACAUGCUGACCAAGUGGAAGCAUUCGCGAACACUUAUGCUGGUUGUCUUCAAGUCCUCCCCGAUCCUCAAGCGUGCUCUCCGAGUGCGUCAUGCUAUGCUGCAACUCUACGUGUUGAAGCUUCUGAAACUGCAAAGCCGCUACUUCGGUCGGCAGUGGCGCAAAGGCAACAUGUCCAUCAUGUCGGCCAUCUACCAAAAGGUUCGCCAUCGCCUCACUGACGACUGGGCCUACGGCAACGAAAGCGAAACGCGUCCCUGGGACUCCCAAGUGGAGGAGUGCACCUUGCGCUCCUGCAUAGAGCAGUUCCAUCAGCGUCGCUACUACGGCGAGUGCCUCUUGCCCGACUUCCAACCCGUGGACAACUGUCUGAUGUCUGUGCUGAGCCAGCCGGUUGAACUUCCAAGCGACUUCAAGCGCAACUACGAGCGCUGGCUCGAGGAGGAAGUCUUUUCGACCCCCAUCAACUGGGACAGAGUGGUGUUGAGCGACCCUAUCGCAACGACCACCUAA